GACGCAGAACCCCGAGAGGAAGCGAGGCCCGACCGGCCGGGCCGCCGUCCACCACCUCGUUACCAGAUGCAAAUGAAACGGGUACAGAGAUGGAUGUAGGCCAGGCACUGCAGCCCGGUGAGACCCCCCUCCUCCGCGUGCAGCUCAGAAGACCCGUACCUCUGAGCGUCGACACCCCCCAACCUCUACCAGGAGGAGCACCAUCUCCCACCAUGACGCCCAAGCCGUUGUCUCCCAAAAGGAGCAGGACGAGGAGCAACCAGGGGACCGAUGUUAACGGGCUCUCUAACCUCCAUCUUCCCCUGCCCCUCCACCACCUGUACAUCCAUCAGAGGGCUGUCAAGGUGGAGGAGCUCCGAUGCUCCUUCCUGAUGCGGCCAUCAAGGGCCCUCCAUCUAACACAAGCCGACACAUCAUAAUAACACUUUGACAUGGAGGAAGCGAGCAGCCAGCUGCCAGCAGACCCGAUCUCCGCAGUUGGAGUCAUCGCUUCACUCAACAAGGCCCCCGAUGGCUACUAUGCUGUUGCACAAACAACAGAUGGCUUCGACGCCGACCUGUGGAAGGACGGCUUAUUCAAAUCCAAGGUCAAACGCUACCUCUGUUUCGCCAGAAAAACUGGGGCUGACGCUGUAGUUGUGGACUUGAAGCUGCUCGACACUAAGGACGCACUGCCAGAGGGCUUCACACCUGUGGAGGAAACACUGGACACAAAGGAAACUGCCACGAGGAAGAGGAGGCUGUGCAUGAAAAUCAGCCCUUGUGCUGCUGCUGUGACGGCCGUGUAUGACAUCCAGAUUGUUGCCAAGUCCAAAUACAAUCUGGUCAACUACACCUGUAUAGGUGAGAUGAACAGCAUGGGGAUUUGGUGCCGGAUGGGAGACGUUCCUCAGCAUCGGGCCUCUCAGGAAACGUCCAGUGAGGCUAAGCGGGACGCUCCAGACAACACCGCCAGCUGGAGGAGCACGACGAGGCCGGACCACGAGCCCCCGAGCGGGGGCCACUACACUAUGACAGCUCUGGACGAUGUGCCCUUUGCGAUCGCCGAGAAGUUUCAUGAAAACCCCAAAGAGAUGCAGCGAGUCAAUUUAAUGGGCAUUACGAUCAAAUCCCUGGCAGAGAUCGAGGAGGAAUUUCACUACAACUUCACCACGGAGCGGAGCGUUGCUGUGUGACUUUCCACCCAGACUGAAACACUACAGGCGGAAUAAUUGUAAUGUUGGAAUUAAGAAAAGGUCCCAGUUACACCGUGAUUGUAAAUUGUGUAAUUUAAGACAGCAAAAGUAUUUUUUACAGUGAUUCAAUUCUUGGACGUAUUUGGAUGUACAACUGUGCACAUAAAAUUUUAAAAGAUUUUCAACUUUU